AAAUUUUCAAAAGUGACUGUAUUGACAGGGUAUAUUUAUUUUUGGGUACAUUGUAACAGAUUGUUGAAAAUACUGUACUGCAUUAUGUGUAACAGGAUAACUUUAGAUGUUGGGCUACCUGUAAAACAGAUUUUUACUAUAACAUACGUAUGUAACGACCACGGGGUAACAUUCAAUAGACAACAGCUCAAGUAAAAUGGUCGCUCUAAGCGAACAAACUUGUGUGGAAACAGAAAAAAAAAGGAUUUCUAUCGACAUAAUUUUAGGAGGGGAUGAGAAUUUUACUAUAACAGACGUGUGCAACGACCACGGGGUAAAAUUCAAUGGACGACAGCUCAAGUAAAAUGGUCACAAAAAGCGAACAAACUUGUGUGGAAAUAUAUGAAACCGACAUAAUUUUAGGAGGGAAUGAGGUAGUACAGAUGGCGAGCACAAAAGCAAGGGGGGCAUUUCCCACACGCACAGUGUGUACGACUACUAAAUGUUCACAGGUCAACCGACACUAUUCAUAUAGUGGCGCUGAAACUGGUCCAGUCUGUUCUGAAUUUCUGGUGGAUGAAAAGUUCGAUCUAUGGGGGAGAAAUAGAUAUGUUCUCCUGCGCUAUGUUGGAAAGUUUCUGACCCUACUGUUGCUACUGAACAUAUUCAUCUGCUCACUGGACUUCCUUAGUUCUGCGUUCAGAAUUCUUGGUGGAAAAACAGCAGGUGGAAUAUUUAACAACAGUGAGAUCCUGGAUAACCCAAUCGCAGGCCUCAUGAUUGGGAUUCUGUUUACAGUCCUAGUGCAAAGUUCAAGCACUUCAACCUCGGUCAUCGUUACCAUGGUUGCAUCUGGAAUCAUAAAUGUGGAGCCUGCUAUUCCAAUGAUUAUGGGAGCAGUUGUUGGUACGAGUGUCUCCUUGGCACAGUCAAAUGACUGGUUUGAGUUCAGACGUACAUUUGCUGGAGCCACAGUACAUGACAUGUUUAACUGGCUAACUGUCGUUGUUUUUUUACUACCUCUUGAGUGGGCAACAGGGUUGAUCAGUAUCCUUGCCACACACGCUGUCAAAAGUUUAAAUAGUGUGCAGUUCGACCUAUUAUAAUGAAAAGGGCAACCAGUAUGUUCCAGUGAUAUUUGUCAACAUUACAGUUUUGACAGCAAAUCCAUUAUCCACAUUAUGUCCAACAAGUUGGACCGCUUUUCUUUAAAACACCAAGAAAAUGUCAGUGCUUUGGUGUCUGUGCAGAAGGUUCAGUAUGAGCAAAGAAUUCCCUGGCACAGUUUUUCUCAGAAGAUAUGCUGAUGGAGUUGAAACUUCAUUUAAUAUGUUAAAGGAACCCAUCCAACCUACUGACUUCCCUGGUGAAUUACACCCAACUGGAUUAGAUGCUGCUCGGUUGUGGUAUCUUUAUGAGCAAGUGCUCCAUAUUGUGCAAACAAGCAAAUCUUUACUAUGCCAACAGUACCAAAACCUUCACUGAUAAAAGUUGAACAGUCAGAAACAAAGAGUUCAAAGAAAAGGAAACUAAAUACUAAGUGAAGUUAUAAUAUUCUUUCACUAGGGGAAUGUCAGACAAGAUGGUGAUUCUCUAAAUGUUUAUCCUGUAACAAGGCUCACCAAGUUCCUUUGUAGACAGUUACUGAGUUACAGAUAUUUCCAUUUGCAUUUUCAAUAUAGUUUUUUUCAUGGAUUUGAUAUUCAGAUAGUUCCAGUAAAAUAAUGGACAGUCAUGUGUGAUGUUCAAUAAGAAAGUUUUGUUUGUUCAUGUAGCAAUAUUAAAAUGACUGUAAGAGUAAUUUUACAGACUUUACAGUGACAAUAAUUUCUCUGUAUGAAGCUAAUAUUUAUCUUAAUGCUGCAAAAGUAAGAAAUUACUGUGUGAAUGUACUAUAGAUGAUUUGUUAUUAUAGGAUUACAUUUUUUCAAUUGCUGUUAUAAAUGUAAGCCAAACUAGACUGUUGUGAAAUUAGUUCUGUUAUUUAAACAGGGUUAUUAAUUAUGUGCAUUGAAGAAAACAUUGACAGUGUAUGAAAAAACUGCUUUUUGAUGACAAAUUUUCAAUUGCAACAGGUACUCCAGAAUUUUUCAGAUUUUUAAAAAAGAAUUGCCAAGACUUGUUAUACUGAAUUAAAACAUAAUGAUUUAGUCAUUUAAAACGAUUACAUGAAUGUUGUAAAGAAUUUCUGGUUGAGUACUGUCAUAAAUAUAUUUUAUUAAGAUUUUUUUUGAAAUUUUUUAUUGUUGCUAUGGUAACAGGAAUUCAAUGCUUAUAACUUCAAAGAAUAACAAAUGCUGGAUUUAAAGUAGCAAUGAUCUUGCAGAAUGGCUUUUAUCAGGCUAGAAGGUACAACAUGUACAAGAAGUCCUAACAUUUUGAAAUAUUUUACCAACAGGAAGAGCCUGUGUUGAUAGUUUCCAUAUUUUCAAAAAAUUGUGAAAGAAAGAUGUGAAUGUUGCAGAAAAUGUUUGGUUCUAGACUGAAUUUUAUUUUUCUAGACUGAAUUUUAUUUUUUUAUUUGAAAGAUCAAUAAUCAAGUAUUUAUUAUAUGAAUUGAUGCCUAUAAUUGUAUAAGAAGACAAUCUUUUAAAACAGAUCAAUUUUGUUGCAGAAUAUUGUCGCCAUGGUAACAUAAGUUUAAUUUCUGAUUUGUUUGCUUAUUUGAAGAACAUCGUUUCUUAUGAAUUUAUAAACCUUACUGGAUUAAACUGUAUAAUGUAAGUAGAUAUGUCUUUUAUAUGUAAUAAUUUCAUUUACAAUACACAGUGUGAUGCCUUAAAAUAGCAGAGUUUUUAUUAAGACAAGCAUAUCAAGAAAGUUUGUAUUUCUCAAAAAAUGAUUGCAUUAUUUAACAAGAAAUGCUGUCUGAAACUUUGAUAGAUUACAAUACAUUGUUUUGGUGUAAUGUUGUGAAACAGACACCUGAAAUAUUUAUAUUUUCUCAGGAAAAUUUUAAAAAAAAGUUUUUUUAAACAAAAUAGUGCACUGUUGCCAUGGUUACGGUAAUUUGACUUUGAUUUUGUGUUCUUUUUAAACAACAUGUACAUCAAUUAUUAAUUCUACUUAAUCAGUAUGUAUUGAUUUAACUGAAUAUCUAUUUUAUAUGUAAUAAUUGCAUUUACAAAACACAAUGUGAUCACACAAAUCUGCAUUAAAAUGAAAGAGUUGAUAUCAAGACGGGUGUAUUACGAAAUUCAAUAUUUCUCAAACAAUGUUUCAUUAUUUAACAUGAAAUAAUGUUGUAACUUAGAUACAUGACAUUGCACUGUUUAUUGUGUGAAUAUGCAGAAAAUACACUUCAAAUAUUCAUAUUUUCUCAGGAAAAUUGACAAAACAUUACCCUUUCAAAGAAAGUAGAAAAUUGUUGCCAUGGCAACGAUAAUUUCACUUUCAAAAUUGUAUGUAAAUGUAAACAACCAGUUUCCGGUUUAUAUGUUUUAUUUUAUUGAACUAUAUUAUGUAAAUAAAUUUCUCUUUUAUAUGUUAUAAUUGCAUCAAGAUAACACUAUGCUGAACACAAUGAACACUACUACAACACAAAUAUUGGUUGAAAUAAUAGUAUUGUAAUUUAGACAUACAUAUUAGGAAUGUAUGUAUUUCUCAAAACAUGUUGCAGUAGUUUACAUGAAAUGAUGUUUCUUACUUUCACAUAUGACAGUUUAUUAUUUUGAUAUUGAUGUAUUGGACAAAAAUGUAACUGCACAAAUUGUUUAAAAUAAAAGACAAAAAGAAUAUUUUUUAGUAAUAAUAAGUGAUUUUGUUGCUAUGGUAACAAAACUUCUGAUUAUUAAAACAUCUGAAAUGUUAGCAAAAUCACAGUUAGUAAUAUUUAUAUCUAAUAUAUGUUCUUGUGUCAUUGUUUUUGUGACAGUUCCUGUGAAAAAUUGCAGUGAUUUAAGUGUUUGUAAUAUCAAGGUUAAUAUCAAAGUUUUAUAAUGUUAUAUAUCCCAGUAUCAAAUGAAAUCUGUAUUUUUUGAAGAAAAAGAAUGUCAUAAAAAAUUGUAAACAAAUACAGUAUUCUGUAAAUUAAGUCUGAACUAGAAAAAUUUAAUUGCAUGUUUAUAUCAUGUUCUAAGUGUAAGUUAUAAAUUAAUUUUACAAUGAACUGUUAUAAUUGGGUUUUAACACAUGUGUUACCAUGGUAACGAUUUUUAAAAAUAAUGUUACAAAUAAAGUUCAAAUCAAAUGUACGUGUAGCAAUACAUUUACAUACUAUUUAUGUAAAAGAGCAUUUUUUACAUCCAUGAGACAACCUUAAAAGUAUUAAGAAAGGUUAUGUCACUCUGCGGUGUGCAUGUUUACAUGAUAAAGUGUAAAAUGUAUGUAAACACCCUGCACGUAUUAGUAAACGUGCAUGCAUGAACGCCCCAAAAUCAUACAAAUUAUCAAAAAGUAAAUGAUUACCUUCAUAAUUCCAAGAAAGCAUUAUCCCUUUAUAAAUACUCAUUGCUUCCAUUUCUAGCACACUCAAUAUGUAAAACACUUUUUUAAAACUACCUCAAGAUUUUUCCGUGAUAUCCAUGCAGAUCGCUGAUAGUCUCAUAUUUAAAGAAAAUCUGGUCCAAGGGAGGCUAAUUCUAACCUCGAACAGAUUUAUAUCCCUUAUUGAGUUAAGAUAGAAUUUAUGUAUAAGAAUACCUAUCAAGUACACCUAGCUAUGACUUUAGUAUAGGUAUAUGUGUAUGAUUAUGUAAAUAUAUAUAGAUGUAUAUUUAGAUUUGUGUGUGUAUGUAUAUUUGCUUGUGUGGGUAUAAGUGUGAACGAAUAUGUUAUGUUUUUGAGAUAUAUAAUAAUUAUAUAGUCAUCAAAAUGCUCAUUUUAAGUAUCACUUGUAAUGGUGUUUUUUUUCCAAAUGUUGCAGUUGCUCUUUAUUUAUAACAUGCGACAUUUGUGUAUGCCGGAUGAGCUAUUUUUCAUGUACAUAUUUUUCUUACAUUUUUCUCUAAAUAUUUUCUGUCUGUUCUGCUUGUCGAUCGUUUUUGGCCUACGGUCAUAAAAAUGUAUUACGACCAAUAUGCCGCUAUAAAAUAUACUUUCUACAUAUUUCUAUAUCUAUUCAGGUAAUGGAUGAGCUAUGUGUCUACCGAGCGGCAAUAUGUCUUUUUUACAAUAGUACUCAGAAAAUUAAGGGAAGAUGUCGUUUUUACUGCCAGCCAAUUCUAACCAUUGUUAAUGCCUUAUUACAAAUAAUACGUGGUACCUUUUGUCUAAUAAGACAAUUAAUGAAAUAAUUUUUCUGAAUUUUGUUAAUCUACAAAAUGGAAUUUUAGUAUCCUUUGGAACUUUUCAUGCUGCAAUCAGAGAAUCUAUUCCAGCAGACGAAUAUUUGUUUUUGAAUGUCGAAUAUGUUUUUAUCUUGAUAAAAUUAUUGCUAUUAUCUGGGGAUGUUGAAGUCAAUCCUGGUCCGAUAAACAAUGAUGAGAACUGUUUGUCGGUCUCUCAUCAAAAUAUUAGAAGUAUCAGAAACAAACUUGAUUUUGUAAGAGACAACUGGUUAGAGUUUGAUUUGCUCUGCUUUACCGAAACUCAUUUAAAUAUUUUAGUUGACAUAAAAAUUUUGAAGUUAGACAGCUAUAGUGAGCCUUAUCGCAAAGAUAAUACCAGUCAUUCAGGAGGCAUUUUAAUAUACGUCACAGAACAUCUUAUAUCUAGUAGAAUUUUUGAUCUCGAAAUUAAUCUACCAGAAUCAUUGUGGGUUAAAGUAAAAUGUCGAAAUGAAAUAUAUUUAAUUGCUACAGUUUACAGACCGCCUAAUGCUACUGUCGAUUUCUGGGAGAGACUUAAUAUUUCUAUUGAAAAAAAAAACACUUUUGAUUUAAACAAUAAAAUCUUGAUUGUAGGUGACAUCAACGAGGACCAACUAAAUUUGAACAAUCACAAAUUAAGAGAUAUACUAAUGUUAAAUGACAUGGUUAAUGUUAUAACAGGACCAACGCGAAUAACGCCUCAGUCUACAACUCCUCUUGAUCCGAUUGUUAUUUCAAAUGAUAUUACAGUUUUGCACCACGGUACAUUUGAUACACCGCCAAACAUUAGCGAUCACUUAGGUACUUUUAUUUACAUUAAAUUUGACCGACCCUCCUCAGUACCGUACAAACGGCGUGUCUGAAAUUAUGAACGUGCAGAUUUCUGUAAAAUAAAAGAUUUGAUUAGAACUACAGACUGGUCAUUUAUAAAUUCAAAUACUAUUGAUGAGGCAUCAUGCCAAUUUACUUAUAAAUUAUUUACUAAUAAAUUUAUUGAACUUGCGAAAAACUGCAUUCCAACCAGUUGUAUUACAAUAAGACCUAAUGAUAUGCCAUGGUACGACUCUGAAAUUCGUCGAGUGACCCGACAAAAAGACCGAAUGAAAUGGAAAGCUCUAACUACAAAAAAUAUAUCUGAAUGGAAACAGUAUACUAAAUUAUGCAAUAAAGCGAGUAACUUAAUUAAGCACGCGAAAGAACAUUUUUAAUAACUUAGAAUUUACUCUUAUUGAAACCAGUUCAAGCAACCCAAGGUUUUAUUGGAAAAUGAUGAAAAUGCUAGUAAAACAAAACAAAGGUAGUGAAGUUAUUCUUCCACUAGAAUUAUGCGUAAACAACAACACUUUAUAUUUUACUUCUGAUAAAGAAAAAGCAAAUUGUUUAAAUGAUUAUUUUGUUUCAAUCUCUAAAUCUAAACUUCCUCAAUUUACAUUGAAAACUAGGAAUAUACUAGAAGAAUUCGUGAUAACUGAAGAAGAAGUUACUGAUAUAAUAUCAGUUUUGUUAGUUAAUAAAGCGUAAGGCCCGGAUGAAAUUAGCCAUAGGAUGUUAAAAGAAUGUAAGAAUACUAUUAAUAAACCAUUAAGUAUGUUAUAUAACAGGUCACUACACGAUUGUGAAUACACGAACAUAUGGAAGUCGGCUACAGUUAUGCCGCUUUUUAAAAAAGGUAACAAAAAUACACCCUCCAACUACAUGCCAAUUUCGCUUAUCAGUUGCAUUAGGAAAAUUAUGGAAAGAAUCAUGUUUAAACAUUUUUAUAACCAUUUACAUUUAAAUAAUUUAUUAUACUAAAAGCAGUCAGGUUUCAUACCAGGUCAUUCGACAGUGUAUCAGUUAAUAGAUAUUUACAAUCAAAUUUGUCAGUCAUUCGAUUCUAAAAUACCGACAUGUAUGGUGUUCUGUGACAUUUCAAAGGCGUUUGAUCGAGUGUGGCACGAGGGUCUGAUUUUCAAACUUAAACAAAAUGACAUUAAUGGUAAUCUAUUGCUAUGGGUAAAAAGCUAUCUUAAAGAACGUAAUCAAAAAGUAUUUGUUGGAUCUUCUUUUUCUGAUACGAAAUAUGUUUCAGCUGGCGUUCCCCAGGAGGCAGUGCUUGGACCUCUCUUCUUUUUAAUCUAUGUGAACGAUAUUACUGAAAAUUUAUUUUUACCUUUUCCGCGUUACGUAGUAUAGCGGAAAAGUUAUGUCUGCAAGUUACGGUUCAUUAAACCGCUUCAGUAAGAGGUAUUGAAAAGGUAGCCAAUGGUUCAUUGUUUAGUCUAAAAUUCGUCCAAUAGAAAUCAUUUGUAUCGGGUAUGUGAUAUAUCGAUGUAAAAUUGGUCAUUUCUAGCGUACACCUCAGCAGUACAUUUAAUACGGACAUUAAGUUUUCAAACGUUAACAAUUUUAAGAUUAAAAUUUCAUCUGUGAUAUAGAUACAUGAAAAAAUCUUUAUAUUUCAAUAUUCUCAUGUUAGCAAUUGUUUAAAACUGUAUAACAUUUUUAAAUACUGUUGUAUUGUACUAUUUAGUUGUCCUGUCGGGGCAUGUUUCUGACGUUCAUAUUAUUCUUAUACAGGCAUGAACAGAAUUUGGUGGGGCCGGGAGCAGUUUUUGACAGGUCAAAUAAAUUUUACAAUAUAUGUGUGAAGUCCACACACACCACUGAGGAAGGCACUGAAUUUGUUUUUGGACACAGGUUUCAGAGCUAAAUUCUCUGUUUUUCCUGGACGUCGUGUUUUCCGGUGAGGUGGAAAAUUGAGAGAGCCACAAAGAGAUAUAGUAUCAUUUGUAUAACACUGUAUAAUUGUAUAAUGUGUAUCGUAAUAAACGGCCUCUCGUAGCCAGGGUGCAUCGCUACAAGGCGAAAUGUA